GCCACACAUAUAGCCUUGUGCCACACGACGACGGCGGGGCGGUUAUUCGUUAUUUGCUGAAACUGAAAAGUUCUUCUUAUAUCAAAAUAUAGAAAAUAAUCUUUUGUUAUAAAUAGGUUUUAUUUUCUUUGCUGAUCAUUUUGAACAUAAAAAAUCAUAAAUCCAUUGCAAAAAAAAAAUAAUUUCGUGAAAGUGAACUAUUUCCUUUAAAUGCUGAACUUUUGUUCUGAUCUAGCCUUACAAUGAAGAUGCUUUGGAACAUGCUCAGUCGCUCUGGCAUGAGCCAAUCCUCGAAGAGCGCCCCCGAGAUGGAAGACGACGAAAUGCUAUUCAGCAAAAACAAUGUGUGCAUGCACCCGAGUUCUCCCGUCUCUACUGCGCCGCGGCACUCUCUGGGGUACCUCACGGUGACCGCCGCACCUGACCCCGUGCUGGGUCACACCCUGCUGCUCAGCUGGCGGCCCAAUCAGCUGCUGAUCGGAGGUGGCCUCCGGCGCGGGCAGCGCAGCCUGUCAGAGACCCAGGCGGGCACCGCGGGUCUCCUUGCGGCCGGUGAUGCGGCCACACGGCUCAGUCGGCAUCCUGACGUCACUGGCGACACUAAUGACGUCAUACCAAACGUCGGUGACGUCACCAUCAAUGACGCUGAUGGCGCUGUGUGCAACGGCGUGGUAGAACACAGCGGCGCAGAUACUGCGGACUGUGCUGCGCCACCAAGCGGUGCUCGCCCGGAGCCUCUAGCGUCAGAGGGCGUCAGUACUCGCCUGGAGCUCCCCGCUGCAGAGAGUGGCGGCGCUGCUCGCCUGGAGCUCCCCGCUGCAGAGAGUGGCGGUGCUCGCCUGGAGCUCCCCGCUGCAGAGAGCGGUGCUGCUCGCCUGGAGCUUCCGAAGGCAGAGGGCGGACAGACGGGCCGGCGACUUUCCACCCAGUCUGCGCCACCGUCCCCCCAGGCGCGGCCGCCGCCCGGCUCCGAGGCACCGGAGAUGUUCACAGUGGAUCUGGGUCAGGCUCGCUCUGUGCGCGUGUUCCUGACGCCGGGAGACCCGGGAUGCGGGCAGCUGGUGUUGUGCUCCCGUCAAUCGCAGUACAGGAUCCUGCACUUCCACUGCGGCGGACUGGAGAAGCUGGUGUGCCUGCUGGACGGAUGGAAACACCUGCGGUCGGCCGGCCCGGCGGCGGACGACGGCGGCUGUCGGCUCUUCUCCGUCUGCGGUCCGUCUGAACAGGCCGACACCGACCACCCGGAGGAGGGCAGACACGAUCCGCUCUCCGAGGACCUGUGGCAGCGGAUGGUGGACCACGACGGACGGCUGACCGACCCCGACCACCUGAGGAGGGUGGUGUUUUUCGGCGGCCUGGCGCCGUCCCUACGCAGCACCGUGUGGCCGCUGCUGCUGGGUGUCCUCUCCUGCUCCGACUCGUACUCUGAGCGGCAAGAACACAGACACAGGCUGGCCGAGGAGUUCGAACGCAUCUGCGCGCUGCCGGACGCGAUGUCGCUGUCAGAGCGCGCAGAGUUCCAGCGUCUGGUGGUCUCCACUGUAGAUAAGGACGUGGUACGCACCGAGCCCGGCAACCCCUUCUUCUGUGGCCGCGCCAACCCCAACGUACAGACGCUGCGGCGAAUUCUGCUGGGUUUCGCAGCGGCCAACCCGUUCCUGGGCUAUACCCAGGGUAUGUCGGACCUGCUGGCGCCCCUGCUGGUGAUCCUGGGGGAGCCGGCGGACGCCUUCUGGGCUCUGGACGCGCUCAUCAAACGCUCGGCGGCGGUCAUCUGUCCCCGAGAUGACGUCAUGGAUGUUCAGCUGGGCUACCUGCGUGAGCUGCUGCGGCUGCUCACCCCCGAGUUUUACCGACAUCUGAGUACCGUGGAGGACGGACUAGAGCUGCUCUUCACACACCGAUGGCUGCUGCUCUGCUUCAAGCGGGAGUUUGCCGAGCCGGCCGCGCUGCGUAUCUGGGAGGCGUGCUGGAGCUGCCAGCAGACGCGCCACUUUAGCCUGUUUGUGUGCGCCGCCAUCUGCGCCGCAUACGCCGCCGAUGUGACCGACAGCGCCAUGAACGCCGACGCCAUCCUGUUGCACUUUACCAGUCUCAGUCAGCAUAUGGACGGAGACGUGGUGCUGAGAAAGGCCCGCGGUCUACUCUACCAGUUCCUCAGUCUGGACGAGGUGCCGUGCUCACUGGCCUCUCUGUGUACUACCGAGGACGGUGCCGGGCCGUGGGCCGGCCGCCGGCUGGCGCCAGUCGUCUGUAAGGGGCACGGCGGGGGAGGGCGCUGCCCGGCGACCAGGUGACGGUCCGCGGGUCUCCGCUCCACCGCCGGCCUAGGGCUGACGCGGGAUGUGAUACGGACUCCGGCAGGGGAGUCACCUCAGUCGGCAGUGACAGAGACGCCGGAUGUGUCUCCAGUGGCCAAGACUACGUUGCCUUUUUAUCCGGUAGUCAAGACGUCACCUCUGUCGCCAUUGAUUGAAACGCCGUUACUAGCUUCAGUGAAAGCCACGCCGUCUGUAGCUCCCGUACCGGAGCUGGAAGAAGUUUCGACCCCUCACCGAGUCCCGACUGACGCCACGCCAACCGCCGCCGGGCCAUCCUAUGUUCCUGCUCUGGUCGGGACGGUGCCCCGCCUGAGCCGCCUGUGCUGCGGCCUGGGCCGAUCUCCUGCUCCCCAGCUGGCCAGACCAAUUGCCAGAAGGGCAUGUCGUGGGAAGAGCACCUGGGUGUAACGGCGCUAAUGCAACAUUCUAGUCACAAACAGUAUUUACUCAUGGGGCUGCUUAUGUGCAUGCAAGACAGUGCUUAAACAUGUGGCCGCUUGUCGAAGCUGCGAACGCUACCGACACUGAAGGUUUUGUACGACGUGAUGCUACCGAUUUCCACCUGAAUGUGUAGAAAACCUAGAUAUGGGGUUGUGAUUUUACAGUGAUAUUAUUUAUUUAUUUACAUGUAGCGGGCUGCUUUACACAAGCUAAAGGGAGUGUUGGAUGUGACUCCUAGGGGAAUGCUAGUCCAAACUUGGGACAGCGGAUAGGUGUAAUGUGUAGUGUGCUUGAUUAGGCACAGAUGGAAAGAACAGUGUGUAAAUUACAGACGACAAUCAUAUGUAAAUGCGUCAAGAUCCAAAGGCUGUGUUCCCGCCACGUAAGAUAGUGCGUGCCCGCAUCCAUUUUCUCGACGUACUUACGCUAUUGAUGCCAAACCCAACGUCAAGAAUCUCAGUAGCAACAAUGACAACUACUGCUUAUAAUGUACGAGACUCGUGGUCUGUCUCGAUUCAGUCAAUGCCGAACCGAAAAUAUAUGAUCAAGCAUA